AGCCUGCGGGCCAGGAGCCAGAUUUUCGGCAGGGAAGGUGCCAGCUUGCUCUUCGCAAGGAGCCCCCCGGCCAACAAGGUGAUAAAGACGCGCUACAGGAUAGUGAAGAAGAACGUGGCCUUCCCCUCCUCGUCCUUCAGCAGCCCUGUCCCCAGCUGGAAGACCAGGCGCCUCGGGACAUCCAGGUCCCCGCUGUUACACCAAGCGCGCCCCUCGCCGCAGGGCAGCAAGUCCCAGCCGGUGCCACAGGGCUGGAGGAGCAAAGGCUAUCGCUGCAUCGGAGGGGUGAUGUACCGCGUGUCGGCCAACAAGCUCUCCAAGACGUCCAGCACCCCCGGCCGGGGCAGGGACCUGAGCACCAAGAGCCCCGGCAGAGCAGCGAGGCUGAGCGGCACGCCCGGCAGUACCGGCUUCUCCCCAUCUGGUAUCCUGAACCGAUCCGCUACGAGCCGCUACAUUGCCAGCCGUGCCGUUCAGCGGAGUUUGGCCAUCAUUCGUCAAGCCAAGCAGAAGAAAGAGAAGAAGAAGGAGUACUGCAUGUACUACAACCGCUUCGGCAAGUGUAAUCGUGGGGAGAACUGCCCCUACAUCCAUGAUCCAGAGAAGGUGGCCGUCUGCACCAGGUUUCUCCGUGGCACGUGCAAGAAGACAGACGGGAAGUGCCCAUUUUCCCACAAAGUUUCCAAAGACAAGAUGCCGGUGUGCUCCUACUUCCUGAAGGGGAUCUGCAGCAACAGCAACUGCCCCUACAGCCACGUCUACGUCUCCCGGAAGGCUGAAGUGUGCCAGGAUUUCCUCAAAGGCUAUUGCCCCAUGGGGGAGAAGUGCAAGAAGAAGCACACCCUGGUUUGCCCGGACUUCGCCAAGAAAGGUGUCUGCCCCCGGGGCGCCCGCUGCAAGCUGCUGCACCCGCAGAAGAAGCGUCAGCCCCGAGGGGACAGCGCUGCCAGCGACGGGGACCCCCCCUCCAAGUGCAGGCGGCUGUGCGAGGAGACGGGCAGGAACGACCCGGCUCAGCCGUGCGACGACGGGGAAUUGCCCGGCCCCUCCGGCGCGGAGCAGGACGCGAAGUUUUGGAGAGAGGCGGACGCCUCGCAAAGCAGCCGGCUGCAGAAGCUGCCCUCCUUCAUCUCCCUCCUGUCUUUGUCCUCCCCCGGGGACGAGGGCUGCAAAGUGGAGAGGGACGAGGACGAGCCGGGUGACGAGCCAGGUGGCACCAAGUGGAAAAAGACCUCGUCGCGGGCGGCCUUGCGGGACUCCGAAAAUGCCUCUCAGGAGGAGGGUGGCAGAGGCAAACGGCUGCAGAUCAAGCCCCGGCUGUGAGCGUUGUCCCCGCCGCAGCCGACCAGCUCAGGAAACGCCAAGCCAGGCUUCAUCGCCUGGCACCUACCUCAGGACCCCGUGCCGGGACGUGGCACCCCGCUUCUUGCGUUGAGUUUUGGGAUUUGGUUUCACCGGAGAGCCUGGCGGCGGCGGCGCGGAGGAGCGGCGCCCAGUCCCGCGGCCGCGUUCGCUCAGGGAGGUGGUUUUGCUGAAGUUGUGGGUUUUUUUUUCGUU